UCAGCAAAAAUCAUAUAUAGUGCGCGCAUCAUGUGAAAAUUGUAGUUGAAUACAGAUGCAUUACAAAAAACAUUUAAACCUGUGACAAAUCAAGACUCGAGGAAGUUCAAUAACAGAAAAUAUAAUCUGAAGAUGUAACCUGGACCAAGGAGAGAACCUAACAAAAGAACGCUCUACAUGUAAGGAUGAAUCCUGAAGGGCAAACAAAUGAUAUAUCCAUUCAGCACAUUCAGCAUUACCUUGAAAUUUGUCACAAUGCAACACUGAAAAGUUAUUCAAAAGAUGGUUUCAUUGAUGGAAGAGAGAGAUUAAAAAAUGAAGCAGAAAAUAUCAAAAAAGUCUUUUCCAUCUGUUCCACAAGGAGUGAAGAGGUUUCACAAAUAUUGAUGACAAUCGAUUUAUUUCAAUCGUCAUGCAGAUUCUUUUUCAAUACGGCCAUCAAUGGCAUCAUUUCUGAAGAGAUACUGAUCAAAUUUGUACUAACUUGCUCCGACUUAGCAGAAGAGCACGGGAAAAUAAGACAAAAGAUUGAUUUUGAUUGCAUUCUGGUUGAUCAUGAAGGUCGAAAAUCAUGGCUGUCCGAUGGCUAUUUCGAAAAAAUGGAGAAAGUCAUCGAUGAUUACAAUAGAAGUGAAUUUGCAGAUGACGAACCAUUACUUAAAGCACAUUUCAAAUACCAGUUGGGUCGAUACUAUUUCAAAAAAUCAAAAGACAAAAAUGAGCAACCCAACAAACAGCGAGAAUAUUUUGAAAAAGCUGCUAAUAAUAUUGAAGAAUCGCGUGACUUAAGGAAACAAAACAUGGAAAGAGAGAACUCGUCCCCUUUGACGAAAGUUGACGUGAUUUUGUCUCUUCUCAUGCUUGGUGAUUUAAGAAAAUAUCAGAGCAUACAACGUCACCAAGUAAAAAGUUUCAAUGAACUGAUUGCUAUGGCGAAAGAUUGCUAUGAAGAAGCUUUAGCUUUAGUGGACGAUCUCCUUGGAAAACAUCCCCUUAAAGUAGAUUGCCAUAAAGUCUUGGGUGAUUUGCUGUUAGGAGUGAAAGAAAAUGAGGCUGCAAGGAAAAAUUAUGAAAUUGCUUUGAAUGUUUCUGAAGAGUUAGAGCUAACUCCAAACAAAGGUAAGGUAUACUUGCUCAAAAACUAUGCCACAUCUUUGAUGAAGUUGCAGGAAUAUGAAAGAGGGAACGAAAUGUUCCAGCGAGCGAAAGAUUACUAUAAGAAAGCUAUAGCUUUAGUAGACGAGUUUCUUGGAAAACAUCCCCUUAAAGUAGAUUGUCAUAAAGUCUUGGGUGAUUUGCUGUUAGAAAUGAAAGAAAACAAGGCUGCAAGGGAAAAUUAUGAAAUUGCUUUGAAUGUUUUUGAAGAGUUAGGGCUAACUCCAAACAAAGGUAAGGUAUACUUGCUCAAAAACUAUGCCACAUCUUUGAUGAAGUUGCAGGAAUAUGAAAGAGGGGAAAAUAUGUUCCGGAGAGCGUUUGCAAUUAAUGUACACUAUGAAUUAGGUUUGGAAGACCUGAUCGAGAAAACUCGACAACAAUAUAACUAGAAAAAGAACCAACGACAUUAAAUCGCAAACAUACUUCAAUAAAUUAAAAUGAUUUCGUAUCAUUUUGUUGAUAAAAGAAAAACUGCAAUCAUAAACAUACCAAUAUAGUGGUCAUGAAGUGCACAAAUCUUAGCGUCUUAUGUUAAAAAGUAUAAAUAAUAGUUAAAAACUAUUCACAUAUUUAUCACGUGAUUUUAAAAAUCAAUAAUAAUGCACUAUUCGCGCAGUCGUGGAAAUAUCGUGCCGCAAAAAAAUUCAAAUACAUAUAUUACUAGUUAAGUCAAUAUGCAAUUAAUAAAGAUAUUUUUUUGAA